AUGGCGUCCGGACGAAAGGAUUUUUUAAGCCAACCGGCGCCCGAAAACUACGUUGCUGGUCUAGGCCGUGGUGCGACCGGCUUCACCACUCGCUCGGAUUUAGGUCCUGCAAGAGAGGGUCCCACCCCCGAACAAAUACAGGCAGCCCUUGCAAAGAGAGCACAAUUGUUGGGGGCCGCACCCCCGACGGCUUAUGGCGCAUCCCGAGAAAAGGGAAAAGGAGAAGAAAAACCGGCGGAGGAGGAAGAGGAUGAACGGUUCCAGGAUCCCGACAACGAAGUUGGUCUUUUUGCGUACGGCCAGUUUGACCAAGAAGAUGACGAAGCGGAUCGCAUAUACAGAGAGGUAGAUGAGAAGAUGGAUAGGCGACGCAAAGUACGAAGGGAAGCUCGAGAACGCCAGGAGAGGGAAGAGUAUGAACGCAAAAAUCCCAAAAUCCAACAGCAAUUCGUCGACUUAAAACGCUCCCUCGCCUCCGUAUCCGAAGACGAAUGGGCAAACCUCCCCGAAGUCGGUGAUCUUACGGGUAAAAACAGGCGAGCGAAGCAGAGCCUACGUAUGCAACAGCGCUUUUAUGCAGUGCCCGACAGUGUUCUCGCGAAUGCGAGAGAAUCCGGCCAGUUCGAUACAACUGUUGCUGAGGAUGGUUCGCAAACCGAGGCCCAUGCGGCUGACGGGGCGGACGGGAUGAUAACAAAUUUUGCCAAUAUUAGUGCUGCUCGUGACAAAGUCCUUCAGGUCAAGCUUGACCAAGCAGCUAUGGGUUCCUCCGGAGACGCCGCUUCUGGUAGUGCGACUAGCAUCGACCCGAAGGGCUAUCUUACCAGCCUCACACAGUCAGAACUUAAAGCGGGUGAAAUUGAAGUUGGUGAUGUCAAACGUGUGCGCGUCUUACUAGAAUCGGUGACGAGAACGAAUCCUAAGCACGCUCCUGGGUGGAUUGCACUGGCGCGCUUGGAAGAGCUGGCUGGGAGGACCGUGACUUCCCGGAAUAUCGUUGCGAAAGGAUGUGAAUUAUGCCCGAAGAGCGAAGAUGCGUGGCUGGAGAAUAUUCGACUCAAUGAAGGCCACAAUGCCAAAAUUAUCGCCGCAAAUGCGAUAAAAAAUAAUGAUCGAUCAACUCGACUCUGGAUUGAAGCUAUGAGGUUAGAGUCGGAGCCACGGGCGAAGAAGAAUGUUCUGAGACAGGCGAUUCUUCACAUUCCCCAGUCCGUCACUAUUUGGAAAGAAGCUGUCAAUCUGGAGGAAGACCCGGCGGACGCGCGCCUUCUACUAGCUAAAGCGGUUGAAAUGAUACCCCUUUCUGUUGAGUUAUGGCUUGCUCUUGCACGCCUAGAGACCCCUGAAAAUGCACAGAAGGUUUUGAACGCUGCGCGAAAAGCCGUCCCCACGAGCCAUGAGAUUUGGAUUGCUGCUUGUCGACUUCAAGAGCAAAUGGGGACUUUUAACAAAGUGAAUGUGAUGAAGCGAGCAGUCCAAUCAUUGGCGAAAGAAAAUGCUAUGUUAAAACGGGAGGAGUGGAUAGCUGAGGCUGAAAAGUGUGAAGAAGAGGGAGCAGUUCUCACAUGCGGUGCCAUCAUCCAGGAGACCCUCGGAUGGGGCUUGGAUGAAGAUGACGAUCGGAAAGACAUUUGGAUGGAUGACGCAAAGACUAGUAUUGCUAGAGGGAAGUAUGAGACGGCUAGGGCUAUAUAUGCGUACGCCUUACGCGUAUUCGUCAACCGUAAAUCAAUCUGGGUUGCAGCAGCAGAUCUUGAGCGCAACCACGGCACCAAAGAGGGGCUGUGGCAGGUCCUUGAAAAGGCAGUGGAAGCUUGCCCUCAAAGCGAAGAGCUAUGGCUACAACUUGCAAAGGAGAAGUGGCAGUCUGGCGAGAUCGAUGAGGCUCGGCGAGUGCUCGGCCGGGCAUUCAAUCAAAAUCCCAACAACGAGGAUAUUUGGCUUGCCGCAGUCAAGCUGGAGGCUGACGCACGGCAAACAGAGCAGGCUCGAGAACUUCUUACGACAGCUCGGCGCGAGGCAGGAACGGACCGUGUGUGGAUCAAGAGCGUUGCCUUUGAGCGGCAAUUGGGUAAAAUAGACGAUUCCCUUGACUUGGUCAACCAAGGCCUCCAAUUGUACCCGAAGGCCGACAAGCUCUGGAUAAUGAAGGGCCAAAUCUAUGAGUCACAGAAUAAGCUCCCACAAGCUCGCGAAGCAUACGGAACAGGCACUCGAGCGUGUCCUAAAUCGGUCCCUCUUUGGUUACUGGCAUCGAGACUGGAAGAAAAGGCUGGUGCAGUGGUCAGAGCCCGAUCAGUUCUUGACAGAGCCCGCCUAGCCGUGCCAAACAGCCCUGAGCUGUGGACGGAGAGCGUACGAGUCGAGCGCCGCGCAAAUAAUAUCUCUCAAGCCAAGAUUCUUAUGGCCAAGGCGUUACAGGAGGUCCCUUCAUCUGGGUUACUGUGGAGCGAAAGCAUCUGGCAUCUAGAACCACGUGCACAGCGCAAGGCUCGAAGCCUGGAGGCAAUUAAGAAGGUGGACAACGACCCUAUCUUAUUCAUCACCGUGGCACGAAUUUUCUGGGGAGAACGUCGUCUGGAAAAGGCAAUGACUUGGUUUGAAAAGGCCAUUGUGUCGAAUAGCGAUCUUGGUGACGCGUGGGCUUGGUAUUAUAAGUUCCUGCUGCAGCAUGGCACCGACGAAAAACGAGCCGACGUUAUUUCGAAAUGUGUACUGUCCGAGCCCAAACACGGUCAACUUUGGCAAUCGAUAGCCAAAGACCCAGCCAAUGCCUACAAGUCCACCGAGGAGAUUCUCAGAUUGGUUGCUGAUAGUCUCAUCCAAUAA